AUGCGAUUCAACUGCUUUGCAGUCUUGGCCGUCACCUCUCUGCUGGCGUGCGCUGGCAGCGCCUCGACGUCGUCAGUCACCAAGACGAUCGAGCACGACUUCCCAGCUGCCAUCCUCUCGGACGCGAACUACAACAAUGGCGCACCAGGCGCCAAGAGGGUGUUGAGGGCUCACGAAAUACCGGACAAGGAGAACGAAGACAGAAUGCUUAAUUGGGCGAAGUUGAAUGCUUGGCCCUUCAAAGACAAAUCUACGAGUUACGUCUUGGGAAAGUUCGAGUUCGACCCGAAAGUAGGUGAGGCGCUUGAUUCGUCUCGUUUGACGACUUUGGCCGAGUACGUGGACAUGUUCAACAAGAAGCACCCAAAACACAAGGUGUCACUGUUCGAGAAAUUACGAGGGAAAUCGCGACGCGGCUGGAAAAGCAGCAGUUUGCGUUUUGGCGGGAUAACAGCAUUUCCCCCGACGACGUUUUCUUCAUGCUAG